AUGAGAUUUCCGAGACUAAAGCGCCCAGUAUCCAAGACUGAAUCACUAAUAGAUAUUGAUAAGAUGUACAACAAUUCAUCAACAGCAGAAGAGGCUGAUCUUCAGUCCUCUAAAACGGAUAAUUUGUGGGACAAUUUAACUGUACCGCACACCGAAUUGAUCAAUUCCAACACUUCAGAUCUUAAUGAUCAAACUUCAAGUCCUCUGACCGCCAAAAACCUCGAGAUUUUGAGUAAUUCGACACAUUCUAAUCUCAUAAAACACGGAAGCAUAUCAUCAAAAACCACAACUGUUCAUUCUGGCUCCGUUGAAGAGGUCUUCAAGCAAGUAGAAGAUCAAGAUCGGCAGGAGUUUCCGGCGAUUGACAACAGCACAACAGCAACGACCAUAGCUAACAUAUUGAAUGCCAACAAUCCUGGCCUCUUCCAGUUACUCAACAUUCGAAGUAUAGGUAUAGUAGGAGACCUUGUAGGAAGACUUAUUCAUUUCGAUCAGCACGAACCUAUCCUCCAAAGAUAUCAAUAUUUUGGACCACAUCCAGUAGCUGGAACGGACGGCCUCCUUUCGUGGCUUACUUCGCAGGAAAAAAUGGCGGAAGAAAUCAUCGAGUCUGAAAGCCGUGAAUUCUUUCAUUGGGGCUGGAAUCCAGCAAUCUUUUCACGCGCUGUUCGACUGGGCGUACGUGCUCCUUUCAUAGUUCCAUACGAGAUCAGCACAGAGGUGGGCACUUGGUUCAAGGGAUACAAUAAAACAACUAGAGAUACAGUGGCUUGGGAGGUCUUAUAUCAAACAAUUUUUCCCGAAAGUGGAAUGAAACCCAACACCUAUGAGUUUCGGGCUCUAGCAAACGAUUUUUACUCUGGAAAAGAGGUUCAAAAUGCAGAGUACUAUGCUCACUUGGUGGAGCCGCAUACACCCUCCGUAGAAAAGGGUUCAGCGUCCAAGCUAUUUAACAUCACACCAAUCGAUAUGGGUGAAUCCAGGCAGAAUCUUCACCGUAACUUGUAUGGAGGGGCCGAGGGCAUAGAAUCCGCCAAGCUCAAACCGAUCGUAGACCUUUUUCUCAUCGAACUCAUCCAGAUGAACGAGAUUGAAAAUGCCCUCAUUCGUGUAGAGAAGGAAAAACGCGUGGAAAAGUCAAGUUUCACCGUUGCCAAAGUCCAGGGUACGAAUGUUCGACGUUCCUCAAGGUAUCACGAAUGCCUCCAAAAACUCAAUACUUUGGAAAGAAACAAGGAGGAACCAGGAGAAGCUGCGGCUAGGAGUGUCUUGGAGGAUUUUGUUCAAAAUAUCAACAUCCAUGGAUUGGACUCGAUAAUGGGAUCGGAAACCUGGUCUGUAACUCAUAUACGUACCGUUCCUACAUUAGAUGAGCCAGUCGAGGAAAUUACAGUCGUCGAGGCCAUUACUCCUGGUACACCUGACAAUGGAGGAAGUUCAUUUUCACCUCGUUCUACUUCACCUCUGCUAAUUCAAGAUAUAUCAGAGCCAAAGACAGAGACAGCGCCAAGAAAAAAGAAGAAGAAGAAGACAAAGGGUAAAAAUAACGCAAAGAAGGUUUUGAAGCAGGAAAGCGACCCUGAGUCUAUAGUGGCGGAAGCUAGAAGUCAAACCUCUGAGAUCAUUAGCAAGGAAACUCCUUCCAUUGCAUCUGACCCAUUGAAUUACCAUUUUGACGAUGCUACGAAUCCAGUAAUCGAGGAUGACUCGGAUUGGAAGAUCGUGAAACCCAAGCCUAGUAAGCCAAAGGGCGCACAGGUUCAACAGACUCGUGCAGCACAUUCUUCCAAAGCUUACAAAGAUACUUCUGUUACUGCCAAAGUCCCACCGAGUUACAACGUUAGCCGAAAGAAGACGCAGGUACCCGCAAAGGUACCAACUCAGACUAAUGCCGCUACUUCAAAGAGUGGCGAGAAGUUUGAGAUUGAGAGUCUAAACGACUUUCCAGAAAUGGUCUCGCCUUCAAAGAAUGUCGUACAACAAACCCUUGGAGCGACUAACAAGAAAUCUACGAUUGUAAUGGUACAGGAGGUCUUGCCACAGGUAGACUCAGAAAUUCCAGCCAAAGGAGAGUCUGCAAUCUCGCCAGAAGAAUCUCUUCUAACAAGUACAAAGCUUGAUAUUGGGGUCAGUAUUGAAGCUGACAUUCAUCACGAUCAAAUGAAGGUUUCCAUUCAACCGGCAGCAGUCAUAUCAUCACCUGUACCCUCGACAAAACAAGCCAACCUCCGUGUUGAAGAUUCGGCAGAAGAUGUCUCCAAAUUCGCUAAAAUCGGGGCUUCUCUAGACGUUGAACCCACUCGAAGCUUAAUCGAUGAAAUCAAAGCAACAAUAUCUAUCAACCAUGGUGUCAUGAAGGACGGCUCUACUAGUACAGUGGGUACCGAGUCCGAAGUCGAAAAUUUCACUAAAAUUUUGCCGGGGAAAUCAUCACCUCAUUGUGUAACACCCCCUGGGCUUACUUUGAGUCGUGAUGCACCAAUCUAUCUAGGAAAUUUCGAUGAUCCAAACCAGAAAGUCGAAAAACGAUUCCGAAGUUCUUCAACUAACGCCAUGAUUACCGCAAGUGCCUCUAUGCUUGACAGUAAUGAGAGAGACUCUGAUCCUACAAUAUUUCUCGACAGACCUGCGUCCGUUUCUGAGAUUAUGAUCACAAAAUCUAUAAUGGAUAGGUCUAUCAAAUCUUCUAAUUCAAGAGUGUAUCCACGGGUGCUGCCGCUAGCGAAAUCACUGAUUUCUGCUGUUGGUAAAUUCAGAUCAGUCCACGAUCUUUGUGCUGUUAACAAUGCAUCUUUCAAUGAUGCUAUCGACAAUGCUCCUACAAUCGCUACCUCGCCCAUUUCUGAUAGUGCAUCUAUAAAUAACAUUGUUAAUAACGCAUUUGAAGCUGCAGAACCAUUCGUCUCAGAGGUUUGUACUGGCAAUGAAGACACCCCGCCAUCUAUGGAGACCGCUUCGAUGCCUGCCGGUGAGCCUGUUACAAUUACUAGCUCUACACUAACUAUUCAUGGGCCGCAACCUCGGGGCUUCCGCCGAUCUCUGAUUGAUUUGGAUUGCCUAAACUUGAAUUCUACAGAAGCUGCCCUCCUAGGAAGUCAAUUACCUGCUCAGCAAGCAAGCAUAGCAAGUUGUGAUGCAGCAGAACAAACAUUAUCUGGAUUUUCGAAUGGUUGGAGUCGCCAACAAUUAGAAAAUAGUACCAUUAUCAAUUCAGGUCCACGUGCACAUACAGAGCCAGAUACAGCUCGAAUACCUUUCAACUGUACUUAUUGCAGUGACCACCAUCACGCUACAAUAGACAGUCCUAUGGUUUUAUGCCAUGGCUGUGGUCCUCGUAGUGGUAUCAAAUAUUGUUCGAUCGCAUGUGUUCUAGCAGACAGCCUUGCUCAUGCUGAUGUCUGCCAAGAGAGUGUGGAUGACUCCGAGACAUUUACAAUAAGUCGCCCAACUGCAUAUCAAAUCUAUUACACUGGUGUUCUCGCGGCUCCUUUUACGUUCGGAACUACAUCUAAGAAGUCAAUCUAUGCCUACCGUCAAAAAGUUUUCGCAAUGUACUGUCAUAACGGACCAUUUCCACAAGUUCAUAAAGCAUGGGCUCGACGAAACAACACUUUACCCACUCUUCCGGAACAAGAUGCAAUUGAGGCCACCAAGAAGACCGGUAGUUAUUUUGUAUUCAAAUCUGCUCUGACAAGUAACAACAAUCGUAUGAACCUGGAAAGCACAGUCAUCUGUACCAUUGAGUUUCGUCCUAACGAUCGUAUGUUGCAUGCGGUCGAUCGAUGUCUUGAAUCUUGCUUUAGAUUGAGCUACGACCACAACUACGUUGUCAAAGAAUUCUUGUAUAGACUCAUCAAGGAUCUACUUUCUGAAGACGAAUCCUUUGAUUGCUUUCCACACACAGAAGGUCGAUUAACGGUAUUUCAUGAGUUCCAAAAUCAAUAUGAUCUAGAAUUCGGCUUCAAUGCUCAAAUGCAGAGCGCGCGAUCUGAUCAAUUCGACUUCGAGUCGGAGUGGUCUCUCAUCGAAUAUCUUUUGAACCGAUCAGAGUCUGAAGAAUUGGUCUAG